AUGUCCGCCGCUACCUUCGCCUCGACCCUCAACUUCAAUAAGCUCUAUGAUCUCAAGGGCAGGGUUGCGCUCGUUACUGGUGGAGGGACUGGUAUUGGACUUAUGAUUGCGAGCUCAUUGGCUGCGAACGGUGCGAAGGUAUAUAUUGCGAGUCGGCGUGUGGAGGUGUUGCAGAAGGUUGCGGAGGAUUGGAAGGCUCAGGGGCAGACUGUCAUUCCAAUAGCUAUGGAUGUCACUAGCCGUGAAAGUAUCCUGGAGGCGAAGAAGGUCAUCGAGGAGAAAGAAGGCAAGCUUCAUGUCCUCGUCAAUAACGCUGGCGCCGUAGGUCCCCGCACCGGAUGGCUUAACGACCCUUCAGCCCCUGAGCACAAAGACCCAGAAACAUUUGGCAAUGCCCUCUUCAACGACGACGGCCCAGAUGGCUGGGCAGACCUCUACAAGAUCAACACUUUCUCCGUCUACUACGUCACCUCUGCAUUCCUGGGACUCUUGGCAAAAGGAAGUGCGGAUAUUAAAGGAUAUACUUCGAGUGUGAUCAAUAUCACCAGUAUUAGCGGACUGGUGAAGUUGGCCCAGAAUCAUUUCUGCUACAACGCCUCCAAAGCCGCCGCAUCUCACCUUACAAAAAUGAUGUCCACAGAGUUCGCUCUCAAAGGCAUCCCCGUCCGCGUCAACGCCGUCGCUCCAGGCGUCUACGCCUCUGAGAUGACCUUCGAUUCGAUUGAUGGUCCAGAGGAGACUGCGAAGGUCUCGCAAGCCAUAGUACCCGUGCCCGCCGCAAGGAGUGGAACGGCUGCGGAGAUUGGUGGAACAGUGAUUUAUCUUGCGUCGGCGACAUACACAAACGGGCAGGAGAUAGUGGUCGAUGGAGGUUAUCUUGCUGUCAACCCGUCGACGGCAUAA